AUGGGUUGUGGCAUGAGCACCGAGGAGAAGGAGGGGAAGCAGAGGAAUGAAGAGAUUGAGAACCAGCUGAAGAGGGACAAGAUGAUGCAGCGGAACGAAAUCAAAAUGCUUCUUCUAGGAGCUGGAGAAUCCGGUAAAUCAACUAUCCUGAAACAGAUGAAGCUCAUCCACGAAGUCAAUGAGGGUUAUUCUGGAAGCAAUGGAAACCCGACACAGAUCGAGGGCGAAUCCCUCCCACCAGAGGUUGGCAAUGCUAUCAAGACUUUGUGGGCGGACCGUGGUGUACAGGAAUGUUUCAGGCGAUCAAGGGAAUACCAGUUGAACGACUCGGCCAGAUACUACUUUGACUCCAUCGAUAGGAUCGCACAGCCAGACUAUCUGCCUACUGACCAGGAUGUACUGAGGUCGCGUGUCAAGACAACCGGUAUUACAGAAACCACCUUUAUCAUCGGGGACUUGACCUACCGUAUGUUUGAUGUUGGUGGUCAACGAUCGGAACGUAAGAAGUGGAUUCACUGUUUCGAGAAUGUCACAACUAUUCUGUUUUUGGUUGCCAUCUCAGAGUACGAUCAAUUGCUGUUCGAGGAUGAGACUGUAAACCGUAUGCAGGAAGCUUUGACAUUGUUUGAUUCAAUCUGCAACUCAAGGUGGUUCAUCAAGACGAGUAUAAUCCUGUUCUUGAACAAGAUCGAUCGCUUCCGAGAGAAACUCCCAAUUAGUCCUAUGAAGAAUUACUUCUCUGACUACGAAGGUGGCGAGGACUACACUGCUGCUUGUGAUUACAUUCUGAAUCGCUUCGUGUCUUUGAAUCAAUCAGAGACCAAGCAAAUCUAUACCCAUUUCACAUGUGCCACGGAUACUACGCAGAUCCGUUUCGUGAUGGCAGCUGUUAAUGAUAUCAUUAUCCAAGAGAAUCUGCGUCAAUGCGGUCUGAUAUAA